UUUCUCAAGGUUCUAGGCGGCCGUGACUGCGUCUUCACGGCGGGAAACUUUGGUGGGAGUAGUGUUAUUUGAGAAGUUUCAUUUAGGUUUGGCGAGCAUCUUCAAGGGCCCGACGAUUCAAGCCCAAAAUGGACGAUCUCGAUGAUCUUAAGAAAAGUCUCGAGCUUCUUCGUUUUUGGAGAAAGAACGCUGACAAGUUAGACAGCACGAAAAGACGCCAAAUUGACCUUGUCAAAAGACAACUGGAAGCACUGAGAACAAGGUCUGCCCCUGUCUUUUCUUUAACAUGGUCCUAUGGUAAAUUGCUCGUUGCUGAAAUUGAUCAAAAGGCUAUUAGUGCAUCAACACUUCAGAUCAUCUUGUCUACAUUUGUGAAAAGUUUGAGCUUUGGAAACUUACCACAAAUCAUACAUGAUCAACAGAUACUGUGGCGAAAGCUUCUUAGUAGUGGAAAUGUCAAGGGCCUCAUUAAAAUUGUCCCUGAAGGUGGCAGUUGCUUGUACAAGGCAUUUCUCACAAAUUGUUUACAAAACAUGGGGAAAUCGGACUUUUGGGUUACAAUGACAGAAUAUGUCAUGGCGAGCCGUGAUACCUGUCUUCUUGGGCUCAUUAAUCAGCAGGAGCAACGUGAAACAUUAUACGAAAUUUUAGAUAUUCUAAUGGUCCAACUUGUGAUACCAUUUUCUGAUAAAGCUCAGGAUGCAGUUAAAUGUUUGUUGAAUGCUUGUGGUUAUAAGUUAGCUGAUUCUAUUAGAGAGGUGCUGAACGGAGCUUUAAUAAGUGACGCAGCUACAUCAAAGCUCUUUGCAUCUCAUCAGGAUGUCUACAAAAUUAUUUUUGCUUUAUUGUUAAUUAACAAAGACCUUGUUCUAGGCCUCAUAAAUAACACUGAAUUAUGCCUAGACAGUGGUAGGGAGGAUCGCUUAGACGGAUUGGAAUUUUUUUGCAAGUUAUUUGGAUCUAAAGUACCAGGAAUAGAAAAACCAUCAGAGUUUUAUUCCCACCUCUGGGAAACAUUUCUUAACCAUUGCAGGAAGACCUCUUUGCUUGAAUCCAAUGAGCUUCGGAUUCUUGCAAAAUAUACUCCUGAUAUUUUGUGUCAACCUGGAACCCAUGAUGCAUGGUGUGGCCUCCUCUUUUACCUGUUCCAAUUCUCAUUACCAAAAAAAUGUGAAUUACAUUUGGUGUCAGGAAUCACAACUGCUGUCAGAGGCGAUUUGUCAUUCCUCCUAAAAUCAGGACCAAAGUCACUGCCACAGCUCAUAAUUAAUUUUUUAGAUCCAAAGAGUGAUUAUGUGCUCUCUGAUGAUGCUCAACAACGUUUAAUAAAGGAUCUGAGUGACAUGUACACUGAUGCUGCAAAAACUGGCAUAAUGGAUAUGAGUUUGCUCGAUUUUCAUGAAACUUCUUCCUGGCUCCUUUCUUGUUUACUAAGCACUUGUAGUACCUUGUCUCCACGCAAUCAAAGAUGGUGUAUGCUUCGUAAACUUUUUGUGAAAAAGUUAGUGCCCUAUGACAUGGCUGAAGAACAGAGGAUGAAAAUGUUUCUCUACUUAUGGAUAAAUACUGAUUUAGAAGAGUGGAGCAUCCUUCAUGAACUAUUCCUAAAGACCAGAAGGACCCGCGAAUUGGUUUAUACUAUUUUGCAAUGCAUAAGCCAUAAGGAUAAAGCUCAGGCUAGUCAAAGGUUGUCAGAGUGCGUAUCACAACUGAGUCCCAUGCUCAUUUCUAAAAGUACUGUUGAUGCCUAUUUAUUUCUGAUGGAAGAAUUUUUUCCUGUAUUGGCAAACAUUCCUGAAACACAGAAGCUGCUUCGGCAGCUUGUGUUUUGCAAUAAUUCUGCCAGUGUUAACUUUAAAAUUACUACACGAAUAAAGACACUUUUUCUUACUAGAAAUAAUAUUGACAAAGAAGUUCUUGAUGGACUACUGUUUUAUUUGUGUGAAAUUACUUUUGAUAAUUCAUCCAUGAAGCAUCUAAUGGAGUUGGUGGAUUCAUGUGUUAUGGGGGAUGCAGUUUCUUCAGCUAUGGGGGAAAAUCGCCUCCAUGUAGCCCGGACCUCUCUACGCCUUCUAAAUGAGGCACUAUUUAUGGAGCCUAAAAUGGGUCUUAAUGAUGACGUUUUGAACUUGAUCCAUAAGUGGUCCAAGUUAUUAAAUGGUAGUCUCAGUAAGCUUGCUUUGCGCACUUUGACUUCUUUGUCUCCUUUCCCCUUGGGUACUUGGAAUAAUGAGUACUUACGAGAGAAUAUGAUACCUGUAUGGUUUCACAUCAUUCGUUCUGGAUCUAGAGGUCAAGUGAAGAUGGCAAUCAGAUGUGUAGCCAGCCACUCAUCCACUACACGAGAUGAAGAUUUAACCCAUGUUUUCAAAAUAAUAUCGAACAAUCUGGACAACCCAGAUGACAAUGAAGCAUUUGAACGGGGUGUGUCUGCUCUUGGACAUUUUGCACCUGUUUGCCCUUCUGCGUUGAAGCGUAAUGUCGAAGACUAUUGUACGUCUGUGCUGCUGACAGAUGUAAUUAAACAGGGUGAACAAGCAUCAUGUUCAGAUUCAAAUGAUUCAACUUUCUCUAAUAACACAUGGGUUGAUUGGAAAGAACUUCCUUUCCAUGUAUCUAUAAAGGUGCAAGCUCUGCGCUCCAUUGGAAGGUGCGUACGAUAUUGUGGCACAAUGAGAAGCUGUACAGAGGUACUAGAAGCUUUUGCUGAAAUUCUGUCCGAUUCGGGCAAUGGCAUGUGUCACUUGAGGGAAGUAGAUAGAGAUCGACUGCGGUGCGAAGCUGCAACUGCUGUCCUGAACGUUUUUGAAACUGCUCAAUUUCAUUCAAAGAUAUCCAAACAGUUGCUGCUCUUACUUUCCAAUGUGAUAACAGAUCCUCGCAUUGAAGUUCAACGUAUAUUUGCCGAAAAAUUAGUGCAAGGAUUGUGUUUGUACAAAAUAAGGUCAUGCAAGAUUGGUCGCCGCAGAGGCAAACUUCCACCUUGUAUGUUAGGCCUUCUGGCCCUUCUUGGGUCUAAUGUGUGGAUGGAAACAGCAGAAAGUGAAGCAAUGGCACAAGCUUUGCUGAAAGAAGUAUGCGUUUCAAGAUAUAUUGCUUUUGUUAAAGUUCAUCCAUUUUCAAUGAGCAAAUUCUAUGGAAAAUACCCCCAUCUGGUCAUUGAGUUAAUUUUUGUUGCUGCUGCACCAAUUAUUGCUGAGCACAGUCUGUUUCAAUCAUCCUGGUCAUUAGCUACUGAAUCUGUUUUUAAAGAGAAUGUGGAUUUAGCUUUAGAGGUAUCCAAAUGUUUUGAUUUUGUCCGAAGAAUGGUUUGUCAUCCAGAAACAUAUGGUGGACAAGUUUCAAAUGUGUACUUACAGAAAGUGUGUGAUAAUGCUAAACAAAGUUUACUUAACACUGUGGAACCAACCUUGAGAAAGAUAUACAGUAUUGUGUUUGAGCUUCUUGACGUUUCUCUGAAGUUGUAUGCGCCUGCAGUGGCUGAACCUGUUACACCUCAAGUAGUAUUGCCUCGGCCGUUUUACUCUGAAGUGCCUUAUGAGACAAUGGGUGACUAUGUGCCUCAUUUAUCUGAAGCUGAUUUUGCUGAAAUUUUAAAAUACUUACGGGUUUCCUCCAAAAAGAGAAAGUUUGUUGCUGAGGAGGACAUUCCAGAAGAAAAAGAAGCAGAUUUUGAUGAGUCAGAAUAUUCUGCCCAAGCGGAUGAUUCAUCCUUAAACUUGAGCCCUGAACAGAGUUUUGAAGCCCGAUCUCCAGAAGUAACCACAGGUUUUCCAAAUUUUGGAGAAUCUGCAAUACACUCCACUCCAUUAGAGACUCCUCCUAGAAGACGGCGGCGGCUGUAGCAUCCUGUUCUCUCUUUCCAAAAUGGACAUCGUUGAUCCUCGGAACUCGGCCGGUGAAGUGAACCGUGUCAAGUCGGAUUUCAGCUGGUUCCGCGAUGUUUGUUGCUUGUAAUGGAACCUGAUCUGAAAGCUUAAUAAACCAAUCACCUAAUGCA